UAAAUUCGUCCUAGAUAUAUAGCUUAUUGAUUAUAUACAAUAAUACAUUACGUUGUUAAAGCAUCAUUUCAAUCAUUCAAGAUGUCAAUUAAAGUUAUGAACACUAAAUCAAGUGAUUACAAACGUGUAUUCGACCACUUUGAUGAAGAUGGCAACGGCAUGGUGUCUCCAAAAGAAUUGCAACGUCGUGUAGGAUUGAUAUGCAAUGAAGAGGUUUUAGUCGAAGACCUAGAGAUUGUCGUCCAAUCGUUGCGUAAUAUUGGAGAGUUGGGGUUUGAAGAUUUUGUUAGUUUGGUGGAAAGUGAUGAGCAGAAAGAAGAGGAGAAGCUUGAGGACUUGAGAAAGGCGUUUAGAAUGUACGAAAUGGAUGGAACCGAUUGCAUUACUCCAAAGAGCUUGAACCGGAUGUUGAAUCGACUUGGUGAGUCGAUAAGUGUGGAUGAGUGUGUUGGUAUGAUUAAUCGGUUUGAUCUUAAUGGCGAUGGUGUGCUUAACUUUGAUGAAUUUAGAGCUAUGUUGGUUUGAUAUUUCUAAGUUUCACAUAUGUAUAUAUAUUUAAAACAUGAAAAUAUAGAUUAAUUGUUGAUUUGUUGACAUAUACAUAACAUUUUUAAAGGAUUUUAUUCAUUUAGUUUUCUAUAUAAAUAUAUAUUUCCAGGUUGUUAGCUUUU